AUGUUUAUACUAACGUCACUAGAAAAUGUCCAGAAGUAUUUCACAGAGUUGCAUCACAUUCUCGUGAAGUACAAUCUAAUGGACAAUCCUGAAUCAAUAUACAAUGUUGACGAAAAGGGCAUUCAGCAAAAUUUUAAGCCGUCUUUUGUUGUUGGUCCAAGGGAUAGUACAACGAAUGUCAUAACCUCGGAGAAAUCAAAUACAACAACUAUACUUGGAUGUGGGAAUGCCAUUGGACAGCAGAUACCGCCAUACUUUGUAUUUGCAGGAGCAAGAAUGAGGUCAGAGCUGUUGGAGGGCGCAUCACCAGGCGCGCAAGGGACAGUUUCUAAGACUGGUUGGUCCAAUGGGGAGGUGUUCAAAAACUAUUUAGAAACUCACUUCAUCAAUUAUGCUAAUGGAAAACGCCCUUUGUUGUUACUUUAUGAUGGGCAUCGCUCACAUAUAUCACCCAGUAUUAUUGACUGGGCUACAGAGCAUGAUAUUAUAUUGUACGUUUUGCCUCCACACACUUCACACAUAUUGCAGCAUAUGGACGUUGGGUGUUUUGGGCCUUUUUCAAAGGUUUACAGUAAUGAAUGUGGUAAAUUUCAGAGGGAAACUGGCAAAAUUGUUGACAGGUACAAUGUAUGUAUGAUUGCAUGUAAGGCAUAUGCUACUGCACUUUCAGUGAAAAAUUUACAGGGUGCAUUCAAGAAAUCGGGCAUUUAUCCGUUUUGCCCAGACUCUGUUGAUACUGAUCUAUUUGAAACAAACAAACUCAGAUCAGAACUUCAGUCUUCUUACACUGAAGAGUUAUGUCAGUCUGUAGCUCCUGAUCAUGAUCAGCCCGAGUCAGAUUUGGAUGAAACCAUCCCUUAA